UGAUUUAGGACACAGACAUGUGAACUUUAUUCUGAGGCUGUGACCGUUUCCUGCUCUGUUGAGUCGUUAUACAAACUCAAAUGGGCAGGUUAGUUGUAAACACUCGAAUGUGGUUUAGUUAACAUAGUUUGCUGCAAGGUGGACGGGCCUGAGGCCAUCGCUAGGCGCUCCAGGCAGAAGCCAUGCAGCAGAAGAGGAACAUCCAAAUCAUAGAAUGGGAGGACUUGGACAAGCGCAAGUUCUACUCUUUCGGUGUCUUUAUGACCAUGACUAUCCGUGCUACGGUCUACCCCGCCAUGCUCAUCCGCACCAGGCUGCAAGUUCAGAAAGGAAAAACUCUAUAUAGCGGCACCUAUGAUGCCUUCCGGAAAAUCCUGAGCGCUGAGGGGAUUAGAGGACUUUACCGAGGCUUCAUGGUGAACACCUUUACGCUCAUAUCAGGCCAGGCGUAUAUCACGACGUACGAGCUGGUAAGGAAGUACGUCUCCAGUUACUCCAAGGACAACACCGUAAAGUCGCUGGUGGCAGGAGGGUCAGCAUCUCUUGUUGCCCAGAGUAUAACAGUCCCCAUCGACAUGAUCUCUCAGCAGCUUAUGAUGCAGGGUGAAGGGCAGCAUCUGACGCGCUUUAAAGUCAAAUCAAAUGCGACAUGUGGAGCAAAACACAGUGUCAGUUUUGGACAGACAAGAGACAUUAUAGGUCAGAUAUUUGCAGCUGAUGGGUUCCGUGGGUUUUACAGAGGAUAUGUGGCAUCUCUUCUCACAUACAUACCCAACAGCGCAGUCUGGUGGCCUUUUUACCACUUUUAUGCUGAACAGCUCUCCAAAAUGGCACCGAGUGACUGCCCACAUUUAGUACUGCAAGCCAUGGCUGGACCACUAGCAGCUGCCACUUCAUCCACUGUCACCAAUCCGAUGGAUGUCGUCCGAGCCAGAGUUCAGGUUGAAGGCAGGACCUCAGUCAUUGAGACGUUCAAGGAGCUGCUCAGAGAAGAAGGAUUCUGGGGGAUGACCAAGGGUCUUUCUGCCCGCAUCAUAUCCUCCACUCCUACGGCUAUAGUUAUGGUGCUCGGCUACGAAACUCUGAAAAAACUGAGCCUUCGUCCAGAGCUGGUUGAUUCCAGGCACUGGUGAAGGAGCUGUUGAUGUCUGAUCAGUGACUUCCUUAGACAAAGUCUAUUUUAGAUUUUUUUCUUUUAAACAUGUUGUCUCAUGGUUUUUUGGUGUGUUGUUGAUGUAAUUUUAAAAUUGGUGGUAAAGGGAAUGUUUCAUUUGUCAUUACUGUAAUUGAAAUGCUGUUCUGGUUUGUGAGGAACUCUGCUUUCUUAAAAACUGUAAAAAUAUUUUAUUGGAAAGAUAGGCAUUUUAAUGUGUUAAUUUAUUUUUGUUACUAACUAGGUAUUUUAAUUUUUUUUGUUUAUUUCAGUGGGGUUACGUUUGUUUUAGAGUUCCUUGCUACUUGUCCUUUGCCACUUUGUGUUAAGUGCUGCACUGAAUAAUGUUCAGACGACAUCUCUUUUCAAAAUUAUAAUUUCUAAUCAUGGGUAGAGUGACAUUUAUUUUUAAAAAAGGAUAAAGUGUACUGCUUGCACAGAAUGUGUAAGAAAAUACGCAGUGUGAUUGUAAUGCUCUAAAAAAUCAGUAUAAAGAUGCAAUCUGUCAAAAGA